GAGCAGACAAGUGGACGUGAGAGGGGGCGGAGCGAAAGAGAGGUCACGUGGUGUCAGAGCGGAGGAGCCGCAGAGCUGUAACUUGUAAAUACUGUUAUUUGUAUAUACUGUAAAUGAUGACCUCGGUGGCCACAUCCCGCACCCGGGGCAACUGGGAACAGACACAGAAUCAGACACAGCACAAGCAGCGGCCUCAGGCCACUGCAGAACAGAUCCGGCUGGCACAGAUGAUUUCAGACCAGAAUGAUGCAGACUUUGAAGAAGAGGUGAAACAGCUGAUUGACAUCACAGGGAAGAACCAGGACGAGUGUGUGAUCGCCCUUCACGACUGUAAUGGUGACCUGAACAGAGCCAUCAACGUCCUGCUGGAGGGGAACCCGGACACUCACUCCUGGGAGAUGGUGGGGAAGAAGAAAGGAGUGUCCGGACAGAAGGAGACAGGACAGGCUGAACAGACCGAGGAGCCACGAGAGAAUAGAGACAGAGAGCGAGACUUCAGCCGCAGGCGCGCAGGGGCACCCCGCAGGGGACGAGGCGGGAGCCGCGGCAGAGAGUUUCGGGCACAGGAAAAUGGUUUGGAAGGUGGAAAAUCUGGCGGAUCUUCUGGCAGAGGCACAGAGCGAGGGCGCCGAGGGCGUGGGCGAGGCAGAGGCGGGGCAGGAAGAAGAGGCGGCCGCUUCUCCGCACAGGGCAUGGGAACCUUUAACCCUGCGGACUACGCCGAACCCUCCAGCACUGAAGACAACUACGGGAACAGCAGCACUUGGAAUAACGCCUCCGGCUUUGAGCCGGACGAUGGCACAAGACUUGAUUACAUUGGGGGUGAGGGCUCAGAUUAUCCCCGAAAAUUUUCCACUGCUCCUGGUAUGACACAUCCAGGUGCUUGGAGGACGGCCACAGAAGAGUGGGGGACGGAGGACUGGAAUGAGGAUCUUUCUGAAACCAAGAUCUUUACAGCUUCCAGCGUUUCCUCUGUGCCGCUCACCUCUGAGAGUGUGACAAUCACUGCGGGCCAGAGGAUUGAUCUUGCAGUUUUGCUGGGGAAGAGCCCCUCAUCCCUAGAGACGGAGGCCUCCAGUCUGGACGCCGCGCAGAACACCUCCUUGUCCCAGCCCCUCGUGUUCAGUAACUCCAAGCAGAGCUCCCUAUCACAGGCCAGUCCGGGCAGCUCCUUCACUCACCACAGCAUGGUCAGCAUGCUGAGUAAGGGCUUUGGUGAUGGGGAACCCAAGGGCGGCACUACCAGCGGCUCUCAGUUCCUGGAGCAGUUUAAGACUGCGCAGGCCCUGGCCCAUCUAGCUGCUCAGCAUUCCGACUCCUCCAGUAGCACGACCUGGGACCUGGGCUCCACGGCACAGACCCCCUCCUUGGGGCAAUUCGACCUGAAGAGCACGUCGGACCCCUUCAACAAGCGCCAGAGUUUUUCUCCAGCCUCCACCAUGAUGGACGUGUACCUGCAAGAGAAGGCGCCUGUGACCAGCGUCCCUUCUGCCGUGCCAGUGUGCCCAUCCUCCCCUCUGACAGGCAAAACCAACCACCCUCCCCAGAUGUCCCCGGUGUCGCCAGAAAACCAGUCAGGAAGUCCACAGCCGGCCCACCACAAGAUGAAGGUGCAAAAGAAGAAAACGUCCCUCACAUCCAAGAUUCCCGCUCUGGCUGUAGAGAUGCCGGGAACAGCCGAUAUAUCUGGGCUGAAUCUGCAGUUCGGGGCCUUGCAGUUUGGUUCUGAGCCUGUUCUUCCGGAAUAUGAAUCGUCUCCCACAACCAAUACCGCUGUGAGCCACUCCCAGAACAGCCUGUAUACCAGCCCGGCCAGUGAAGCGCCCAGCAGCGCGGUCGGCAGUCAGAGCCCAGAGUCUGCGUAUCAAGGAGGCAGCAGCGUCCAGGCCACAACAUUUACCUCACAGAGCAGCUCUCAGGGGCCCUUAUACGAACAGAGGUCCACGCAGACCCGGCGCUACCCCAUCUCCUCCUCCCCACAGAAGGAUGUCAGCCAGACCAAGAAUGGCUAUAACUCCACACAGACUUCCACCAUGCAAACUCCUGUAUCAGGAGAAGUUCCCUCAGCCCCUGCAAUUAAAGCAGAUUCUUCGUCUGCUCCCAGCAUCGUCCCCCUCGGUGAUUCCGUGUCCACGUCCUCCUUACUGACCACCGCCGGACCCCACUCCUCUCAGCUGAGCAGCCUGAGCCACGCAGAGGAGCUGCAGAACCCGGUCGCCUCUGCUCAGCUCAGCAGUACUCUCCCCUCUCAGCACCAGACGCCUGUAUCCUCCGCAGUGAGAACCUCAUCGUCCACGCCUCUGCACACCAGUGUGGAGAGUGACGCCAGCUUACAUUCGGUCACCACCUUCUCUACGAUGCCCAAUGCAGUCGCUGUGCCCGCCUCUUCCACCCUCAACGUCAGUAGUCUCAGCCUGGGCCUCAGUACCAGCUCCACCAUCGCUCUUUCUACACGGAACUCCAUUGCUGCCACGUCAGGUAAAGCACCGCCAAACCUGCCCCCGGGUGUUGCACCGCUGCUUCCAAACCCAUACAUCAUGGCACCUGGUCUGUUACAUGCCUAUCCCCCGCAGGUCUACGGCUAUGACGAUCUGCAGAUGUUACAGACGAGGUUCCCCCUGGAUUAUUAUAGCAUACCGUUUCCCACACCCAGCACUCCACUUACCGGACGAGACGCCAGCCUGACGAGUAACCCCUAUACUGGUGACCUCUCCAAGUUUGGUCGCGGCGAUGCUUCUUCCCCAGCCCCAGCAACCACCUUGGCGCAGCCGCAGCAGAGCCAGACGCAGGGUCAUCAUACCACACAGCAAACAUUCCUUAACCCUGCCCUGCCGCCCGGAUACAGCUACACAAGUCUUCCCUACUACACCGGGGUACCGGGUCUGCCCAGCACGUUCCAGUAUGGACCCGCCGUAUUCCCAGUGGCGCCAACAACAUCAAAACAACACGGAGUCAACGUCGGGGUCAACGCGUCCGCCGCCGCUUUCCAGCAAGCUGCUAGCUACGGCUCGCACGCCUACAACACCGGCUUUGAGGACUUGGGCCAGGUUUCCAGCGUGGGGGAUUUCUGUAAGGGUGCAUUUAGUGGGGCUUCUGCUGCUCAAAGCAAACCUGCUGCUGCUUGCACCAAUGGACCAGGCGCUGGGGUGUCGGUAACCUCCAGUAACACCGGCGUUCCAGAUAUCUCGGGCUCCGUGUAUUCUAAGACGCAGCAAUCAUUCGAGAAGCAGGCUUUCCAUACCGGGACCCCAGCCACAUCCUUUAGCUUGCCCUCAGCGCUGGGCAGUGGUGGCCCCAUGAACCCCGCCGCAGCAGCUGCGUACCCGCCAGCUCCAUUCAUGCACAUCCUGGCUCCACAUCAGCAGCCGCACUCCCAGAUCCUGCACCAUCACCUCCAGCAGGACGCUCAGAUUUUCUGUUACCAGCUGCUGCACGAUGAACAGACCGGCUCUGGACCCAGAAACCAAGGCGCCUCCAUGCCCCAGAAGUCCCAGGCCAGCAAGUCUGCGUACAGCAGUUACAGCUGGGGGUCGAACUGAGCGGCCGCCCCCCUCCCUCCAACCGAACCACAGGAUCAGCACAGGAGACCUCCGGCGCCCUCCGCUGAGCCUCUGCCCGGCCUCUCCCCUCCCCCUCCUUGUAUGUAACAUAGAAUUUGUAUUUUCCUUCCACUUUUCUGCAGUCGGAUUAUAAAGCGUUUGCUCUUUUAUGGGGAGGGGCCGGAGUUAUUAUUUUUCUUGUCCCCCCCCGUUUUUUUUAACCUCUCCGUGCAGAGGUGAGUGAGGGGAAGCAGGGUCCCUGCCCCCCCGGAAGGAUCGCUAUCAAUUCUGCAUCGUAUGAAUCAUUAGUUGAUGUGUUUUUUGUACUGUGUUGGAAAUUUAAUGGAUAAAUGUGUCUUGUAUAUAUAAAAGGAAAACACAGCUGCA